AAAAGUAUCGCUUUCCAGCGGAACGUAAAAGUGGUAGCGGUGUUUUUAGAUGUUGGAAACAAAACGGAACACAAAGACAAAAAGGACGGAAUAGAGUUAUAUAUUAUUAAAAGCUCGUUAUGGAGUCCUAUGACAUCAUCACUAAUCAGCCUGUCGUGAUUGAUAACGGUUCUGGCGUUGUCAAGGCUGGGUUUGCUGGAGACCAGAUCCCCAAAUACUGCUUCCCAAACUAUGUUGGGCGUCCAAAACAUGUACGGGUGAUGGCAGGUGCCCUCGAAGGAGAUAUCUUCAUCGGCCCCAAAGCCGAGGAGCACAGGGGUCUGCUAUCUGUGCGCUACCCCAUGGAGCACGGCAUUGUCAAGGACUGGAAUGAUAUGGAACGCAUCUGGCAGUACGUCUAUUCAAAGGAGCAGUUGCAGACCUUCUCGGAAGAACAUCCUGUGUUGCUCACAGAGGCACCCCUGAAUCCCAGCAAGAAUCGGGAGCGGGCUGCAGAGGUGUUCUUUGAGACUUUUAACGUGCCAGCCCUUUUCAUCUCCAUGCAGGCCGUCCUCAGUCUGUACGCCACGGGGCGAACAACGGGAGUGGUGCUGGACGCCGGUGAUGGAGUGACCCAUGCCGUGCCUAUUUAUGAGGGCUUUGCCAUCCCGCACUCUAUCAUGCGGGUCGAUAUAGCCGGGCGCGACGUUACCCGCUACCUGCGUCUACUUCUGCGGAAGGAGGGCUAUGACUUCCAUACCUCAGCAGAGUUCGAAGUUGUGCGCACCAUCAAAGAGAGGGCCUGCUACCUGUCCCUGAACCCCCAGAAGGACGAGACUCUGGAGACAGAGAAAGCACAGUACACGCUCCCAGAUGGCAGCACGCUGGAUAUUGGACCUGCACGGUUCAGGGCUCCAGAACUGUUGUUCCGACCAGAUCUGGUGGGAGAUGAAAGUGAAGGUAUCCACGAGGUCCUUGCCUUUGCCAUCCAGAAAUCUGACAUGGACCUGCGACGCACAUUGUUUUCCAACAUUGUCCUUUCUGGGGGCUCUACGCUGUUCAAAGGUUUUGGUGAUCGGAUAUUAAGCGAAGUAAAGAAGUUGGCACCCAAAGAUGUUAAAAUAAAGAUCUCUGCUCCUCAGGAGAGGUUAUACUCCACAUGGAUUGGAGGUUCUAUCCUGGCAUCGCUGGACACCUUCAAGAAAAUGUGGGUCUCCAAGAAGGAAUACGAAGAGGACCGAGCCCGUGCCAUCCACAGAAAGACCUUCCAGUGAGGGAGCAAAAAGAGUGCAGCACUUCUGCCCUACUCCAACCCCAGCCCUCUGGAUGUAGUACUGCUAUUCCACCCCCUGCUUGACCCGCUCUGAAAAGAAGAGUUCUGGCCAGCCCUCUACUGCCUGGGAGGGCCGCAACCCCACCUCACCCUGCCCCAUCCGCAACUGUAAAUGAUUUGGGUCUGUUGCAGAUCAGCCACUCGCCCAGCAUAUCAACAAACCUAGCAGGUCCAUCCAUUCUGGUGGUGGGGAUAUCGCACUGUUGGGGCAAGCCUAUACUCUUUAGAUGCGAGUAUUUAUUAUAGCAUUCAAUAAGCCUGGUAUGAAAGCAUUAUAUUAUACAUACUAAUGAAAGUGAAGGGUUUUAUGUUUGAUGCGCGCUGCCGUAUUCCAUUCCAAAAUGAUCAGAUUCUUGUUGACAUUUGACCUCCCAGCUUUAAAGCACAAUUUUAGCAUGCGUUGAUUCCUUUUAAAUAUCUUGGUAGUAUUUUGUUUUUACUCACAGUGUACAAUGUUACAGUUGCAAAGUUUAUACACAGGGAAAUGUUAUUGUCUGUGUUAAUUUUGCUAUAUAUCACCUUCAAAAUCAUCAGGCGUUUUACAUGCUGUCAUGCUUGACCAUAAAAAUGUAAAAGACCAGUUCAGGUGUUUUUAUCAGCAUUUUAGUACCAGGUCUUUUGUGAUGUAUUGGACCACAGUUUAGUUCAUUGCUGCUGUGAAUCUUUUGAUUCAUACUAUACAAAACAGCUGACGGUGUCUUUUUUGCAUUGCUUGUGUAGUUCCUAAAACAGCAAUAUUUUCUGAAAACAUGAAUUUGACAGCCAGCCUUAAGUUUAGACUCUCGAGUUUCUGUCAUUGAAACCCUUCAGAAGGUUUUUCAUGAAAGCCUCUGAGAUGAAUUGAUUUCUGAAGGAUGGGUUAAAGUGUUAACACUGAAAGUCCAAGGGGAAUAUGGUAGCCACUGUUUUGUGGGUGACAAAUGGUUGCUCUGUGGGGAGGCCAUCAGUUUUUAUUAGCUUUCUGGAGUUGGCUAAGGACCCACCUGUAGGUGACCAGUAGCUUCAGUGUCACCUUAAAAGAUGAGCUUUAGCCAACUAGAACGCUUCUACUGGCACAUGUAAAGAUUUAGAAAACGCUUCUCUUAGGAAAUGUUUUGUUGCCAUUGCCCUACAUUGCAUCACCAUUGCAUUUGUAUUAGUGCAAUGUGUAUAGCAGUCGUAGCGGAGGAGCUGUUUUAAUAUGUUUAUAUAUUGAAACUGCAAGUGAAGUUUUAUAUAUUGGGGAAGUAGUGAUCUGUUAGACAGCUCUGCAGAAUUAUCUUUAAGUUUCUAGUACUGUUGAAAAAGGGCAGGAUUUGUCUUUUUGCAGGAUGUAACGUAGUUGAUGUCUAAGGCGGUUUUGUCCAGGUUUACCUGAUAAAAGCAACUCUCAACCGGUGUAUUUCUGUCGGUGUUUUAAAAGGCAAAGAAAUGCAUUUACUUCAUAAACAAUGUUGCUAACCAAAAGAAAGUACAUGCCAUAGAGGACUGUAAUGUACGAUAUAUUA